GCGACUCCAUCGCCUUCGUCUAAAUACCACUUUAUUCAUAUUUUCCUGGAAUCAGUAAGCCUUGGACACCGGUAUAGCAUGGCAGACGAUGAACGCCGCGCAAAGCGAUCUCGCUUUGAUCAAACCGAACCUGAACCCCGUCGACAAUCCCGUUUCGAUCGCCGUUCACGAUCUCCCGCCUCUCGUCACCCUGAUUCGACUCGUCAGCGUAGUCCGUUGAGUAGAGAACCUCGCAGUCCAGGCGCUGAAGGUUCUGCUAGAUCUUCGGCAGCACCAGAUCCUACGGCGGCAGCAGCUGCUGCCGCUGCUAAGAUUAACGCGCAGUUACAGGCUAAGAAAGGAAUCCAGCAUGUUGACGUACCUCCUAUCCGUUCGAGUGGAAGCCCCGCUGCUAAAACAGGCGUAUCCGCCGACGGUGCUACCAAGCUCGAUAACGAUGUAUACAUUGCCGAUGGAGAUUAUAUCAAAGAUAUCGAUGUGAAUGGCCUGCGUAACCGCUAUGCUCUCACCAGAGGCUCCACGCAGAGAAUGAUUAAAGAAGAAACUGGCGCUGAUGUCACGACCCGCGGUAGUUAUUAUCCGGAUAGGUCUAUGGCCACCCCGUCGAACCCUCCUCUUUACCUCCACGUUACGAGCACCACCAGAGAAGGCCUCGAUAAAGCCGUUGCAAAGAUUGAGGAGCUCAUGAAACAGGAAUUGCCCAAUUUGGUAGACGAACGCCGAUUCCGUCGCCGGGAACAGCCUGAAGUGGAACGUGAUGAAUUUGGACGGAGGAAAUGGCCCGAGGAACGCAUUCCUAUCGACCUCGAGCCAAUCCCCGGCUUUAACUUGCGAGCCCAGGUUGUCGGUCAGGGCGGAGCAUACGUGAAGCAUAUUCAACAAAAGACCGGCUGCAAAGUCCAGAUCAAGGGACGUGGCUCCGGUUUUCGAGAGCAUGGCACCGACCGGGAGAGCGACGAGCCUAUGUAUUUGCAUGUUGCCGGCCCUGAUCCCAAUCAGGUGCAAGUUGCCAAAGAACUUUGUGAAGACUUGCUAUCAAAUGUCCGUGAGCAGUAUCAACGGUUCAAGGAAAACCCUCCUCAACAUGGAUAUGGCGGUUAUGGUCAGCGCGGUGAUCGUCACUAUGGUGGAGGACACGGCGGUGGUGGCUACGGUGGUGGUUACGGCGGAGGUGGUUAUCAACAGCAUAACCAGCAUCAUCAACAGUCACCAUCUGCUACUGCCUCAAUGAGCCCUACGGGAGCAGCCACCCCAGCAGAAAGCACUGCCGGGACCACCAACACUGCUGAUUACGCUGCUCAAUAUUCUCAAUAUUAUAAUGGCCAGGACCCAUACGCAGCUUACGGAGGCUACCAGAACUACGUUGCUUAUUACCAAUACUACCAACAAUGGGCCCAGCAACAGCAACAAGGAGGAGCUCCAGGGGCUCCUGGGGCACCAGACGCUACCGGUGCAGCACCUCCACCUCCCCCAGCUUCUGAAGUCCCACCACCACCACCUCCUGGAGCUGGAUCAGGUUCACCUCCGCCGCCACCUCCCCCAGGUGGUGGAAGUUACAAUGCUGUUCCACCCCCUCCAGGCUUGUAAUCUUGUUUCAAUGCCAUCAUCAGGAGCAAUUUUCAUACACAAUGCGAUAUAACGUUUGUCCA